AUGCUCGACUUCUCCCAGUCUUCUUCUAUGGAGGAAACUGAGGAGAUCUUCACUGAGAUUGCACACUCUCUGCUGAAGGACCAUCGGCUUUCGGUGCGUACCGAAGACAGCACCACGGAGUAUGACUUCAUGGAGGUCGAGUUCUACCUGUAUCGCCCCGGCUGCCACGAAGAUCCGUUCACACACCGAUCACACGAGCAGCAGCAAGCAGGUCAAUGGUAUUUCCAUCGUGCCCCUCGACGAUCGGGGAGCGAACAACCCUUGAAGGCUCAGGGCAGCGGUUACAGAGGAGGAACACGGAAAGGGCUGGACCUCACCAUUGGUUUUUCCUCGGAGACGACUUCCACAGAAAAUUCGCAAACUACGCACACCCGCGGAGGUAUCCUUCUGCGCACGCUACGACGCGUGUCGGACAAGAAGAUCAUCUCUGGACCAUCUCUCCUCGUGGACGAGAUUCUGCGCGCAAGCCGUGCCAAGUCCAUCGCUGAACUGGUCACAGCCAGGCUUCACGGCGAUAUCUCAGCGUUCUCCGCGCCCAUCGGAGGUGCUACGGACAGCGUACCUCAUCUACGACUGGUACACAUUCAGUCUAGCACCGGGCGUUCGAAAUUGCGCGUCUUCCGAUCACCCCGAAUUGGUCUUGAUCUCUCGAAUCCGGAGAUACCGAGAGAAGAUCCUCGUCAGCAUCCUAGGGUCCAGUUCGUUGCGAGGCCUUAUCGGUACUUUGUCCAUCCCCAUCUUCUGACCGCCAACGGCCGUGGCCAGACCUUCCUGGGUGUGUACAGACAGUGCGCGGAUCGCAACCACCUCGACAGUCACGACGAUCUCAUCGAGGAGAUCGUACGUCUGACCGGUCUCAAGCCGCAGACGACCAAGAAUUACCUAGCUGAGUACCGAUGGGGGUUGGAAAGGGGCCAACUAAAGACCUUCCUUGGUACCGCAGGGAAGGGGGCCUCCGCCACGCCGACUACCUUCUUGCGGAUGAUGGGUACUCUGGCCAAACUCGAACCGUAA